UGAUGAUAACUGUCCCCGGUGAUACAUAUGCCAAUUACCCUUAUUUGAUCAUUACACAUUGCACGUUUUGAAAUGUCACACAGUACCUCUUAAAUAGUACAUGAUAAUACGUCAAUAAAAGCCUAAUUAAAAAUCUCCUCUAGGGAAUCUCGCCUGAAGUCCCAGUAUAGCUCCUUAAAAGGUAAAGACCUUUGACAUUUUCUGCUCAGGUCUUUUAAAUUCUUUUAUUACCCUCUCUCAGCAUCCUGUAGUGCUUUCAGGGAGCCAGAUCUUGAGCUGUGAAUCUGUCCUCGGCCUCUGGCAUUUUCUCUUUCUCCCCUAUACUCGCCUAGGCGGCCUCGCUCGCCUCUCCUUUCCCUGGGUCCCGCGUCCCAGACGCGCUACACCCACUUUCCCAUCUCGAGGACUGGUCCAGAAAACUCAUAGGGAGCGCAGGUACGACACUCUUUCCAGGGAGAGCAGCAGACCUCAGCCGUGACUCUGCACAGGUGGAAUUUGGGGCGCUGGAACACGCGCAGCGACGGAGCGGGGUCUCCCUGGCAGACAGUCUCACCAGCAGGUGGCGCGCUAUCCGCAAGGCCUGCGAGGUUCCCCUGCAGAAACUUGAACAGGAUGUUGGUGCCACGGCUCGAGAGGAGCACAGCCCGGUCUUUCUGAGCCGAGCUGUUCGCUUCGGCGGAAAAGUGAAGAGAGAAGGGAGCAGCCUCCCUGCUUCAGUGACUCAGUAUCAGACAUUGCGUGCUUCAUUCGGGAAGGCGUCGGGAGGGAGUUGCUUUCCUGUUGCAUCUUUGCUAUCAUUUCCUAGACCUUGCUCCAUGAUUUAACUUGAAAUUCUGAAAUGAAGAUGGAGGAGGCAGUGGGAAAAGUGGAAGAGCUCAUUGAGUCUGAAGUCCCACCAAAAACAUCUGAACAAGAGACAGCCAAGGAGGAAGAUGGAUCUGCAGAACUGGAACCUCAAGUUCAAAAAGAUGGUGUAUCAGAUUCUACAGUUCUUUCUUCAAUGCCCUGCUUAUUGAUGGAACUGAGAAGGGACUCUUCUGAGUCUCAGUUAGCCUCCACAGAGAGCGACAAGCCAACAACUGGCCGAGUUUAUGAGAGUGACUCCUCUAAUCAUUGCAUGCUUUCCCCUUCCUCUAGUGGUCACCUGGCUGAUUCAGAUACAUUGUCUUCUGCAGAAGAGAAUGAACCCUCCCAGGCAGAAACAGCAGUAGAAGGUGACCCUUCAGGAGUGUCUGGUGCCACAGUUGGUCGCAAGUCUAGGCGUUCCCGUUCUGAAAGUGAGACAUCUACCAUGGCUGCCAAGAAAAACCGGCAAUCCAGUGAUAAACAGAAUGGACGAGUCGCCAAGGUUAAAGGUCAUCGGAGCCAAAAGCACAAGGAGAGGAUCAGACUACUGAGGCAGAAACGGGAGGCUGCUGCAAGGAAGAAGUACAACCUGCUUCAGGACAGUAGUACCAGUGAUAGUGACCUGACUUGUGACUCAAGCACGAGCUCAUCAGAUGACGAUGAAGAGGUUUCAGGGAGCAGCAAGACAAUCACUGCAGAGAUACCAGAUGGACCUCCAGUUGUAGCUCAUUAUGAUAUAUCUGACACCAGCUCUGACCCAGAAGUGGUAAAUGUGGACAAUUUAUUGGCGGCUGCACUAGUUCAAGAGCACACUAAUUCUGUAGGCGGACAGGACACAGGAGCUACCUGGAGGACCAGCGGGCUUCUAGAGGAGCUGAAUGCAGAGGCAGGUCAUUUGGAUCCAGGGUUCCUAGCAAGUGACAAAACAUCUACUGGCAAUGCACCACUUAAUGAAGAAAUUAACAUUGCCUCUUCGGAUAGCGAAGUAGAGAUUGUGGGUGUUCAGGAACAUGCAAGGUGUGUUCAUCCUCGAGGGGGUGUGAUUCAGAGUGUUUCUUCGUGGAAGCAUGGCUCUGGCACACAGUAUGUUAGCACCCGGCAAACACAGUCAUGGACUACUGUGACUCCCCAGCAGACUUGGGCUUCACCAGCAGAAGUCGUUGACCUUACCUUGGAUGAGGAUAGCAGACGUAAAUACCUACUGUAAUACAUUGUCACUGUGUUUCCUCUGCACUGUUCCCUUCCACUUCCUCCUCCUCUUUGUGACACGGAAGUUCAUUGUUAUAGCUUCAGCUUCAGAAGCUCUUUGUGGCAUUUGUAGAAUUGAAACUCAUGGAACCACACCUCCCUUUUUUUUUUUUAAAUUAAAAGUCACUUAGGAAAAGAACAUCACAGUUAAAACAGUUUCUUCUUUCCUUCAGUAGGAAUAUGAGAAUGAUAAAUAUUAAUUGAUGACUUUUAAUCUUAGGAAAGUUGCCUUCCUUUUAGAAUAGUAUUUUAACUACCAAGUAAAGUGGAUUUCAGUUUUUGAAUCUUGUAUUUAUUUUUCUGUAUAAUGAAAUUAAUAUCUAGACUUGACCACUAUUCGCCCACCUCAUUGUCACUCCCACCUUGGGGCAUUCGCACACAUACCAGUCAGGUCCUUAGUGGCACCUGAUAGGGCAUGUACAUUUAAAAGCCUUUCUUUAAAAAUAGAAGACAAAAAUAUUAUAAUUAUUUUUUUCUUUUAGCUUGAAUCUUCUGCCUUCCUUCUUGACUUUGCUCCUAGCUGACCUCCCACACCACAAAUAAUUGACAUGCCCUUUGUGUUUAUAAAUACUACUAAGUGACUUACUUGGUCUCCUUGUUGCAAUAAUUUUUAACUCUUUGGAAAAUGUUUUCUUUGGAGCAGAGGCAUUUUGGAUAGAUACCUACCAUGAGGUUUUCUGGACAUCUGAAGUGAGUUCUGAAAAAUACAUGGAAGAAUCUCUUUCCCUCAGCUCUUUUCCCUGGUCUGUUCAAAAAAUGGGAGAGCAUUAAAACCUGUGUGGCUUUUAAGUGUAAAGGCACUUGGAAAUCAGAGAGGAAAGUGCCUUCUUCACAGCUGGUAUCUCCAAAAGGGGUGCAUAAUAACUAUUUAACACCUCAGCUGAACUGGACCUGAUGCUGUAUUUGGGUAUUUUUCUCCUCUACCUUCUGAAAAAAAGGAAAAAAAAGUCAAAAUAUUCCACAAGAAGUCAGAUACAAAGCACAUUAAUGGCACUGUAAAUCUUACAGUAUCUAAAGGAAUGGCAAAAGGUAGUAGAAACUUCAGGGAAUUCGGGAAAUGCUAGCACUGGAGUUUUGUGGCAUUAGUUACUACCUUUUUUUCUACAACACGUAAUUACUAGUGAAUUAUUUUUAAAGCAAUAUCUAGAAAUAGAACACUAUGUAUUGUGCACAGGGAGGAGUGAAACAAUAUUUGCUCAGAAGACUUCACCUUUUGUUGGAUUUUUUGUUUGCUCUUUUUGUUUUGUGUUUUUUGUUUCCACUGUUACCGAAUGAUGUUGCUAUGGCCCUCUAUCUCCCUCCCCAAAUGCCUUGGUGGCUCUUUCUGGUCCUAAAAGCAUGAGAAUUACCAUUUUCAGUUUCCAUUCAGUGAACACACAUUUACCCAGUGCGUGCUCUGCAUCAAGCACUCUGUAGAGUGGGUGCUGUGGAGGCCUUGAAGCUGAAUGAGAUACAGCCUGCAUGCGCAUGCAUAAGUCUGCCUGGUUCCACCUGCCUGGCCUUUUCUUCUUUUUGUGUAUGUGUGUAAAGAUAAUUUUAUUCCUUUACCCUUCCUGUUGCUUUAGUUCUUCUGUGUACCCCCUUCUUUCACAGGAAUGUAUUUUAGCAUGUGUUCUUUGAUCUUCUCUGAGAGCAUCUCAUUUGAUCUGGCCUCUGUUCUUCACAAACAUUUUAUUUUUUCCUCCAGUCCAUUUUUAAUUGACCAGGUUAAUAAGAUCAUGAACCUUCAGUUUUAGCACCUCAUAUAUCACAUUCUCUCACAUGGCCACAAUCUUAGACAAAAACCAAAGACCCAGAGGCCAGAGCGAAACAGGACCUCCUGAAGAUUCACUACUGGUGUAUCCUUGGACCUUCACAUUUUACUUUAGGAUUAAUUUAUUGAAUUUUACUGUUACACGUUUUUUUAAACUUGAAGUAAAAUACUAGACAAAACAGAAAUGUAUAAUUUCUGGUCUGUGUUUUCCAGGAAAAUCAUUGAGAAGAGAGUAGCAUGGAGUAUAUAUAUGACUUGAAGGUUUUGCAACUUUAUAUCCCCUCCCCAUACCCCAGGAUCAGGGCACAGUCUUGUUUUAAAGAAUGUUUUUUGUAUUACCUGUUUUAAUGUUAAUAGUGUGUUUUUUCCAACUCUAUACAGCAGGUGAUUUCCUUUGGUUUGCUGUGUACACUGUGGAUGGGGCAGAGUGGAGUUGCAGUCAGGCUCUUUUUCUGGCCUCUUGCCUUUAUAUUGGGUUGCACUUUUCCCUCACUUGUUCCUUUUCUAACUCCCUGCUGACCUGAUUUGAUGUACCAGAACAGAAGUUUAGGCAUUAAGAUGCAAAAGAGGAAAGGGAAGAGAUGUUAGACAAUCAGCUCUCUCCCCUACCUUCUAGGUUGGGACUUUUAACCUAAUAACUAAUCAGAUUAUCUUUCAGCUCUUCUUUCAUUACUGCAUCCAGAAGAGUGGAAAUGGAGUUUCAGGCAAGGUAUUAAUGAGAACAUUCUAUGAUCUUGUACCAUUUGAAAUUUCUUUUAAAGGGAUUGUUUUCUUAAACAAAUUUUCCCGUUUGGUACCAUAAAUAAUUCUUCAUGCUUCACAAGACAUUGUUCAAAGUAACAUCUCUGUUAAAGUGGUACAGGUGGGUCACCAAUUGCUUUAUUACCACAACUUGGUUAAGUUUCCUUCCCCUGCAAUUUGAAAAAACAGAGCAGCACCCUAGCUGUUGAAUCAUCAUGAUUACCCUGUAACUUACAAUUGUGGCUAAGCAGUAAUUUUUCAUUUUGAUGGUAGGGGCCAGACUAGGUGGACUCCAUUAUUUACAAUCAGGUAUUCUAUAAACUGUGGUUUUGUCAUCAGAUGUGAACACAGACUGUCUGAUUUGCUACUUUAGUCAUUUGCUCAUAUUUACUUUUAGAAGAUUAGCACCUAGAUAACAAAAAAAUUUGUUGCCUGCUUUUUAAACUGUGUCACAAGGUUUUUGAGAAAGCCUGAGACACAAUUUUGUAUUUUAGUUUUAACCAUUUUUUAAAGCAAAGAGCUGAGCCCCUAAUCCUUGUUCUCCAAUGUGUAUGAUGUGACUUCCAUGUAUAUAUAAAAAUGAUUGCACCCUAACCAAACUUCCUCAGAUUGUGCACUGUUUGUUUAAAAUAAUCAUGUAUUUUAGUCCAAUGCUGUUGUAUUUUUUCAUUUUAUUUAAAACACUACUUAUUCUUUUAACAAAUUUUAAAGGGUAGUGAUCUUAAAAAAAAAUCACUGGAUAACUAGGAAAUUUUUUGUUGUUUUGUGUUUUAAAAGAGUGGAAAGGUCAUAGAACCUUUUGCUUCUCGUACCAUAAACAUGAAAUGUCAGCCAUUGUAUGGCUAGGAACCAAUGCACUUGGCGGUUAACACAUCUGCUGUUGCUGGGGUGUAAGCAUGGACGUGAUGCAGUGACGACAAAUCAUUGCGUAGAAGUAAAGUUUUCAAAUGUGCAACUCUAGUUUUUAAAAUGAAAUUUGGUUCUUUACAUUCAUUACUUAGUUUUUGUUUCCAUUUAGUAUUUAAUGGUCUUUGGAGAAAAAAAUAAUAAAACAGAGUGUUAUAUAUAUAUUUUUUGGUGCAAGAUAAGAUUUUCUGUUUUUUGAAAUAAGUCUGUAGCAUAAAGGUUAAACUAUUUUAAGACAAAUAAAAUAGAGUGUAUUUAAACAAUGA